AUGUUCGACGAGUACCUUUACGUCGGGGAGACAACUGGCCGCGAAUGUCUCAAGACUUUUUGUAAGUUAGUUGUGGACGCUUUUGGCGACACAUAUUUGCGACGCCCGACUGCUGAUGAUUGUCAGAGGCUGAUGAGGAUGCACGAGACGGUGCACGGCUUCCCUGGGAUUCUAGGGAGCAUCGACUGCGGCUACAAGGGCAGCCACCCUACGAUGAUCCUGGAAGCCGUCGCUGACCAACGCCUCUGGAUCUGGCAUGCCUACUUCGGUGUAGUCGGGUCGAACAACGACAUCAACUUCCUCAACUCGUCCACCCUCUUCGCGGAUCAGUGCAGGGGUCGCGAACCGGCCAUCGAGUUCACUGCCAACGGCCGCAGACAUCAUAUGGGGUACUACUUGGCCGAUGGCAUAUACCCAAGGUGGCCUGUUUUUUUGAAGACGAUCACCUGCCCAAUUGGUGAGAGGAGAGUCUUGUUUGCGGCAAAGCAGGAGUCCGCGCAGAAGGAUGUGGAGUGGGCUUUUGGGGUGCUCCAAUCGCGGUGGGCAAUCGUGAAAGGUUCGGCGCGUUUCUGGUACAAGGAAGUCAUCGCCGACGUCAUGUAUGCGUGCAUCAUCAUGCAUAACAUGAUAGUCGAACAAGAAGUUGGACAUGUCACCGAUUGGGUGGAUGAUGAAGCCGGAUCUAGCUCCAGCACGGCGACCCCGCCUGUCACUCGAGGAUUACCGAUGGGCUUCGGUGAGGUUCUACAGCGACAGAGCUCAAUGCACAGCCAACAAGACCAUACUCAGCUCAUGACCGACAUGAUUGAAGAAGUUUGGAACCGCAACCGCCGUUGA